AUGUCGACGACUUCCCCAGAUACGAGAAGCAGAGGUCAAACAGAAGCUAGUCCACGAGCUUCGAAACGAGCAAGGACCGAUACGGAGACUUCAGACAAGGGGCCCAAUGGACGUAAUCGACAUCGAAUUACACGAGCAUGCAAUGAAUGCAGGAGACGCAAAGAUCGUUGCGGUGGCCAACGCCCGUCGUGCAAGUCAUGUAUCGAUAACAACCGGACAUGCAGCUAUGGGCCCUCAAAGAAGCGAGGACUGCGACCGGGCUACGUGAGAGGCAUCGAAACAUUGCUGGGACUCAUCUUCAAGUCCAUCCAGGGGAGUGAAGAGUGGAUAUGUGCCCUUCUGGAGGGUGUUGUUCAGCAAUCAUCCUUCUGUCCUGCAUCUGGUCUCAACGAGACCAAUAUCUCUGUCGAUCUUCUCCUCGAAACAUGGCAUAAAUCGUCUGUAUCUAAGAAAAUGGCAAGUCUCCUCUCCACGGAGAGUGAGUUUGAUGAAGAAGGUGCCGAUUCAAGUCAAAUUUUCGAUACAAAGGUGGUCGAGGGUCUUACGCUUUUGGUAUCGACAAAGGAUACGUCAGGGGCUCCCAUGACGCCAAUGGACACCAAUACGACACAACCGGACAUACCAACCUUUGAUUAUUCUCCUAUACCUAUUCCAGUAUCUUCAUCCCCUCAAUGUCUCGAAAAGACGGCACUUCAUACCGCCAUCAACCGCCAGCCAGAACCCGAGUCACGGCCUUCAAAUUCCAUGUCAUCCGCCGCUGUCCCUGACCUUCCGAAGGACUGGUCUUACCUUCUGGACCUCUAUUUCGAGACGACACAUUGCUGGUUUCCAAUAUCACAAAAGCACGAACUCUUGCGUGCUGCCUACACAUUAUCCAAUGGCGCGCCGACGACGUCUACUAGUUCACUUUCAUCUGGAGAACUAGCCUUUCUUCAUGCUGUCCUUGCGUACGCAUCACAUCAGUCGACAACGCUAUCAAGUAAUUCCUGCAGAAAGCCUGGCGACAUACAUAGCCUCCACUCUCCACGAAGUCUACUAGAGACAAGUUUGUUCGCGAACCCAACUAUCUUUGACCUCGGACAUGUUCGAGCUCUUCUUAUUAUAUGCCUUUUUGAAAUGGAUCAGAACCGCUGGCCUUCAGCAUGGACCACAAUCGGCCGGGCCAUAUACACAGCAAUAUCCCUUGGCAUAUUCUCCCAAGGCACCGCAGUUGAUCCGCCAAGCCGGGAUGGCAUAAAACGGACAACUAUGGGCUGCACACAACUAGAAACCAUAGUCGCAGCACGUCUCGAUACGCUACCAUACCUCACAUCCUCCAAUAUCUUCCUCCAAGACGGCUUGUUGGCCGAUGGGAAUGAGGAAUGGGAGCCAUGGAACCUCAAGAUCCUCGUUGAACCAGAAUAUCAGCAAGACCAACAGAACACAAACUCGCAUGUUCCGGGGCAUGUGAUAAGUACUUUCAAUCGAUCACUCCAGCUCGUUCUAUCAUUGAACGAUCUGAUACACCACAAAAAGAAUCUAGUCCCGGCUGGGAGCUUUAGCAAGCUCAUAGGCUUAUGCAAAGAGAACUUCAGCGCUAUGGAUAGCCUAAAAUCUGCCACCUUGUCACCUCAAACUCUUGGUCUUUGCAUAGCUUUAGUAACCCUGUUUGAAAUGGCAGCAACUGAAGCUUCGGUCUCCAACCGUCCUAUCCUCGAACGCCCAAGCGGCUAUUGGGAGAUUGUUUCAUUCUGGGCCAGCCUCACAGAGAAACGCGUCCGGACCAUAGGUCGCUGUGCUAUCUCACCUGUUGUCAAAGCUUGCCUGGAAUUAGUUGGGAGGUCUUUUCUUCAGCAGGAAGCGCAUUAUACUCCUAUUAGUAUUGAUUUCAAUUCCGCUAAAGAAGGUGUUGCGAGAUGUUUGCACAUCUUACAAGAAUCGUUGGGUAGAAUAUCCCAAGAUGAUGUCUUGAACGAUGCGAGCCUUGUAACUGCCGGUAAAGACGGUCAUUCACUACUCCCAAUACACGGGAAGAGACCAGUGCCAUCCCAUUUCGAAUUACCACCAACUCCAUCAACACUAUUGUCGAGCAAGGUGGGCACAUCAGUGCCGGACAAUGGAAUAAAUUCACAGCCAACAAGCAGAAUGUCAUUCCCAAUAGACCCGACCUUGGGCUCAAACAUUGAAGACGAUGGUCUUUUCGACAGUCUCGCUACGUUGGACUCGACGAAUUGGCUGGCAAACCCACCAGAGUUCAUGCAGCAUCUGGGAAUGCUUGAUGACGCCCCUGGUAAUCUUGAGCACCUUUUUGACAUGGGAUUCUAG